GCAUGAUGCAGUGCCCUGGGAAGACCCUGUGAAGAUGGCGGGCGGGCAGCAAUCGGUCCUUUUCGUCUGUCUGGGCAACAUUUGCCGAUCUCCAAUUGCUGAAGCCAUCUUCAGAAAGCUGGCAACAGACCAGGGUGUCAUAAACAAAUGGAUGAUAGACAGUGCUGGUGUAAUUGACUUCAAUGUUGGGAACUCCCCAGACUCAAGGGCUCUAAACUGUUUAAGACAGCAUGGCACUGAGACAACACAUAAGGCAAGACAGGUAACCAAGAAUGAUUUCUUAACAUUCGAUUACAUGCUAUGCAUGGAUGAAAGCAAUUUGAGAGAUUUAAAAAGGAAGGCUGAAAAGGUGAAGAAAUACAAAUCCGAAAUAAAACUUCUUGGAUCAUUUGACCCACAGAAUCAUCUCAUCAUACAAGAUCCCUAUUAUGGAAGUGAAGUGGAUUUUGAAGAAGUAUACCAACAAUGUUUAAGAUGUUGCACAGCAUUCCUUGAGGCUUCCACAUAACUGUGCUCAGGACUGUUUUAUCAUGUAUCAGAAAAAUAAUUUUCAAUGAGUACAAAUCUUGUCAAUAUCGCUGCUUUCAAACUUACAGAAAACAAAAUUGAAUAUUUAAAAAAAAAAAUGCUUUAGCUUCGAAUGUUUCAUUAUUUAAUAUACACUGGAGGACCAGUUGUUUUUCUCUGUAGUGUAGGGAUAUGAAUGUGGACUCAUCCACACCAAUUUAAAAAAUCACAUUCAAACUUGUAGAUGAUGGUCUGUUGUCAGAAACUGCCAGUAAAAGAAGUUUCAGGACAGUGUGGCACUGUUAAGAGUAUUGCUGUCGAUUUGCUUUUCUUAUGGUGGAGAAAUUGAUUUGUAUUUCAGAAAUAAUGAACAAAUAUGCAUGACAACAUUCUUAAGUCACACAAUGAAGUUUCUUUGAUAUGUUAGUGUUUAUGGAUACCUCCACUUUAUACGGUAUUUUUGUUAUAGUUACAUAGCAGCCGCCUUGAACUAUACUAACAUGAAGUUUCACAGCAUCCCAAAACCUGUAGAGAAUUGUCCAUUACAUUUUUCUUUAAUGUAAUUAUUGUAUGAAAGCUGAAACUAUCUUUCAGUUGGUUAUCUUUUGUUAAAUUCGGAUUGCCUGAUUGAUUUAAAAUGAUGUUAAACUGCAGUGAGAAUACAGGAUCUAAUAUUAACAAAUGUUUGGUUUGACAGCUACAAUAAAAUGCUUUUCUUCACCUA